GAGAAAGAGAGAGGGUUUGGUAACGACACCAACAUCAUGAUGAUUAUCUGGGCUUGAACAUGAAAAUAUAUACAUAUAAUCUGAAAUUCAAUUCACAAGAAAAUGUUGCAAAAAAGAGAUAGAAAGAAAAUUCAAAAUUGAUAUUAUUAGUUGGAUUUGAUUGGAAGAAGAAAAAAUGGGGGUGGUGGAAGAUGUUACAUUGAUUGGAGGGUUGAUAGUAGUUCAAUUUAUCUAUGCAGGAAAUGCUGAGCUGAUGAGUUAUUCAAUGUCAUUGGGAAUUAGUCCUCUCACCAUUGUGGUUUUCACUUCCAUUGCUACAUUUCUUAUUCUUUUUCCUGCUGCAUUUUUUUUUGAAAGGAGUAAGUGGCCUAAGAAUUUCAGUUUAAAGUUUAUGAUGCAGAUAUGGUUUCUUUCAUUUGGAGGAUUAGCUUUCCAGUUCUUUUUCUUGAAAGGAAUCAAUCUAACUUCUCCAGCAAUGGGAACUGCUAUGCCAAACCUUGCACCAGGUCUUAUCUUCAUUAUCGCAUGGACUUUUGGGUUAGAGAAAGUUAACUUAAGCAACAAGUAUAGUAAACUAAAAAUCCUAGGAACAUUGUUAUGUGUUUUGGGAGCUCUUACAAUGAGCAUAAUGCAAAGCAUUUCGGCUCCUGCAACGAAAAAAGAGGCUACACUUCUUCAAUCAUCAUCUACACCAACAAAUCUUCUCUUUGACAUGAAAAAGAUAAUUGGGUGCAUCUAUCUAAUAAUUUCAGUUUUAAUAUUGUCAAGCAGUAUUGUCCUACAGGCUUUUGCUCUUGGAGAUUUUCCUGCACCAAUGUCAUUGAGCGCGAUAACGUCGUUGUUUGGAGGAUUCAUGACUGCAGUCGUUCAAAAAUUUCAAGGUGACAACCUUAAAUCUGGUUUGCAACUUGUGAGUUUUGGAGAUAUCAUAGGCUUCUCCGUUCUGGCCGGUGGAGUGAGUGGAAUAAGCCUAAGCUUCAAUGGAUGGGCACUUAAGAAGAGAGGGCCAGUUUUUGUCUCCAUGUUUAGCCCAAUUGGAACAGUAUGCUCAGUUAUUUUCUCAGUCUUUACUGUCGGAGACACGGUUAAUAUUGGAAGCAUUGGUGGCAUGUUUCUUAUGUUCAUUGGACUCUACAUAGUUCUUUGGGCCAAAGGGAAAGAAGGAUAUGGAGAUCAUGGUGGAGAUUCCGUAGAGAAAGCUUGAAACAAUUGCUCCAUUGGUGUAUGUGACAGAGCAGUAGGAAGAGCACCUGAUAAGAAGUAGAUUUGAAGUCCCUUUCUUGCGUUUGAAGGAAUGAAACUUUACGGAAAUUUAGAUAUUUUUUUCUUUAUAAAUUUAUUUUGGUGAGGUAGAUAGAAUAGUUUAAUUAGAGGGAAGAAAAAUUACCACUAUAGGUAGGAGUAAAAUAUCUUGUAAUGUUACUCAUCAAGCUAAUUUUUAUUGUUACUCUGAGUAUUGAUCAAUUUCUUCUUUUUCCUU